ACCUGAAGCACUUGCUGGCUUUCCACAGUGUCGGAACUAUCGGGAAUAGAAGCGGUCACAGAAGUGGUCCAGCACCAGGCACAACCUCAUUACUGCCACCUGCAGCGGAAAACUUGGUCUUUCGCAGCGGAAAUGCGAGCGCACUUUUCAGUGUCGACUUGACACCGAUCCGCUUCCAGCUUCGACAUUUCUCUACCAGUACGUCUCUGCUGGCUUUGCAAGCGGGUCGCGAUGAAGAAGAGUUCCCGCAUGAAGAUAAUCCCCUUGUUUCGACAGGACAGGCGGGGAUAUUUGCGCGCCAGAUCUCGGCCCUGGUAUCCGCGGCAACAAGACCGGACACACUAGUCAGCGUCGGCAAGGAGCUGCAGCUACAGCAGAUCAUGCUGGAGCGAGACUUCGAGGAGCUGCUCGGCGAACAAUUUCACCUGGAUGGCGGAGGUGACGACGCAGCUGCAGAGCGGGUGCCGAAGAGUGCUGCGCCCGAAGCAGACGACGUGCUGAUUGAUGACGCACGUGGACACAACGCGCAGGGCCGAACGAAAUUUGACGGCGCAGCAACAUCACCAGAGAAUCAGAUCGGAGAUACUGAACCACGCGAGGACGGCUCCGUUUCCUCGAGUGAGAACGACACAGCGGAUUUGCGACGCGAACCUCGAUGGCGCAAGCAGAAUUUGUUUUUUGGCGCGGAACGCACUGGCGGCACUGUCAACUUUCUCCCCCUGCCUGAUUUCCGUCUCCGACGACGGCUCAGAGACGUCUUCGAGCUUUGCGAACGGCGAUUGCGGCUUGAAAAGGAACAAGCCGAGCUCCUGCGCAGCGCAGAAGACGAUGUGAGGAAGGGCAAAAGUAGCGACGUCCUUGUCCCUGCGCGGACAGGUGGGAAGAAAACUGCCCUGCUUGGUGAAGACGCGUUGCUUCGUGCCGCUGAGCUGGCCUUGCUUUCCUUGGAGGAGCAGGCAGCCUUGGGGAGGCAAAUAGUCGACUCAUCCACGUUGACGGAAAAGUUGCAGAGCAUGUUGGCGAACGUGCAGGUCAUCCGCGAAGAGCCCCCACGAAGUGCGACGGAAAGGCACCGCAAGAAGCUCCGUAGAAGAAAAGAGAGACUACGAAGGAAAGCCGCGAAGAUUCUGAAGGAAAAUACAGAUCGGCAAGAGUGGUCGUGCUCUUCGCCGGGAUCGAAAAGCAGCCUGGAAGAAGACGACAGCAUUUGUGAGAACACUGACACUGAUGUGCACCGACUAGCGCUCCUCCGUGCGGAUAACGACGAUGCUCGGGUGGAUGAACACAAGUCUUUGGCAGGUCCGAGGAGAAGAAAAUCCCCUUCGUCGACAGCGCCCUUGCAGCAGACUAUCACCACAAGCGUACAGCGCAUCGUCCCGGAUCUGGUCGAUCCGUUGUUUGACGAUGCCAGCCUGUGUUCCACGCUGACGCACGCCUCAGCACUGCCAGCGUUCGAAGUAGGGAUCGUUCCAGGCCGUGGCACCACGGAGCAUAUUCCUGAGCCGGUUCAUCGUAUCCGUCCUUCAGAGGCGAAACUCGGACCCGCAUUUUCCUUUGAUCAAUUGGCUGAAGACCUUUGCGAUCAUGAUUCAGGAAAGCAGGAGGACAAGGACAACAGAGUCGGGCGCGCCAGUGUGACGUUUUGUUCUGGAGACCCGGCAGCGUCCGUGCUGAAAGAAGAAGAGGAGGAUCAUGCUGAUGGCCAACGCGAUCGUUACAGCGAUACGGUUGCAGCUGCACCGUGGUCCGUACCCUCUGCGUCAAGGCUGAAGCUGCAGUCUGACGAGCAUAAAAAAACCCAGAAGCUUGAAGAACUUUCAACAACAUCUCCAGAACGUCGGAAGUAUCUUGCACCAGAAAUUGUAGCAGCGCAGCAGAACAAUGUGGCCCGCGCAAAGCAACGGCAGCCUGUAGUGAGUGCAGCUGCAGCCUCGUUAUCCAACCCCCAUCACGAUACAGAGGCUCUGUCAGUCGGGUGGAGCUACCAGUCCGUCGUUCCGGCACUGAAGCCGCGUCGGCGCAAGCGGUUCUACAUCCCAGCGGUAGGGGGAAAGCCAGUUUCGGCCGACGAUCCGCUGCUGGCACCGUAUGCGGGAGAAGGUACCUCCACGAACAAUCCGUCCAUUGCGCCGCCGCGUCUCUCGCACGUUUCCGACCUAAGAGAUUGCGCACCUCCGGACGAUGUUGCUUGGAAUCAAAAGCAAAACAGCUCGGAGCAGGUCGAUGUUUGCUCACCCUCUGCAAACCGAGCCGCAAUACAAGGCAUACCGCAGCAGGGGGAUUUUGUUCAGCAAGACCCAGCAUCUCGGAAUAUCAGUAGCCGUCUAGAAGCGCUAGCCCUGCCGCGAAAUAGCACGUCUACACACAGCAAGCCUGCAAGUCACGGUUUGUCCUCGAAACUUCUGACCGUUCACCAGAACCUUCGGACGCGCGGCGUUGCUGCUCUAGGAUCAGGUGCUGUCAACAUGGGGACGAGAAAAUCCGGUUCUAGACUUGAAGUCGGUACCAAGCAAGCAAUCACAUCAAUCGGGGCUCCUGGUGCGCUCCUGCAUCAAAAAGAAGAACAUCGCCGUGUUGAUCACAAGGAAGGGGAGAGGACAACUUCCCGCGCGAUCAGUCUGCACAAAAGCGACGCAGAUUUACGGCAGCAGCCGAGCUGUUCGAAGAAAGCCCGCAUGCCAGCGAUUUAUGAAGAGUGGACGUACAGCCAGCUUUGGGACAAGCAGAAAGGAAAAAACUGCGAGGACAUCAAGAGUGGUCUGCUGCGUUGUGAUGUCGAAAAUCAUACGGAAGCAGGUGUGGCAGUAGAGGCUGACACUUCAUCCCAGGUUGCUAUUGCGGAGGAGCCAGAGGAAAAGGGAUCAAAGAUGACCUCCGACGAGGCAUCGUCAGCGGGGAGGGAGGGCCGGGCCGUUGGAGAAAAGACGGCUGUUCCUGCGAAUUCCGCUCGAGCUUCCCGGGGACAACUACGUGAGGACGACUGUCAAGAUGCCGGCACUCCUGUUGAUGUCGAGAAAAAGAUCCUGCAAUCUUUCCGUGUGGUUGCAAAGGAUUUCCCACCGAGCCCGCCGGCCGCAGAGCGGAAUCGUUUGAGCAGCCUGCGGAAGGAGUUUUUGUUCUCGUGCGCCAAAAAGCAGCUGCGGGAGAUUGAAAGGGCGGCCGCUGGAGUGGUCGUGGAGCAGCAGCCUAAGGAUGCAGAGUCGGACGAUGGCUCGAUGUUAAUCUAAGUCCAUGCAUGUAUUUGUUUCAUGAUGCUAUAAUUAAUGAAUGUAAAAUUCUUGUAUCGAGAAGGGCUUUUAUCUUUGUGUGUUAGUUUGUACAAUUCAAGUGAAAAUGUAUCCGAUGCGAUUUUCAUGUAACAGCAAAACAAAACGGACAUCCAAAUAGUGAAAAAUGCCAUGUCGAAAGGUUUGAGUUUAGUAGAAUCACAAGUGAAAGAAAAAGUAGAGUUUGAACUACAAUCAGUAUGCCGUGCAAAUAAAGCCAAGUUGCAACAUGGAAACUGGCUA